AUGAGUUACGAAUCAAAUAAUAAGGGGGCACCUGGACUCUUUCCCGACCUCUACUUACCAGAUGACAACCAAAAAACUAGUCAACGAAACAAGCAAUCGUCAAAUGAUGAUGCGAGGAGCUUGGACUCUGGGCUGUUCUGCCAGAUGGUUAAUCAGCUCCCUAGGAGAUAUGAAGAUGCAAUGAGACAUGACAACUUUUUCCUCACCCGGCAUUACAAUAUGCUGUUGUCGGAAUCCAGCAAAGCUUAUCCUGGAAAAGAAGCUAUAGCCUUCAAUAAUUUUAAAGAAUAUGACUCAACAUUGAGGAGAGAAUAUGAAAUGCGUCAAAAGCUGGAAAAUAUCACAAACAAUAACCCUAAUGAUGGAGUGCAGCUCACAAAGCUCGAUAAUAUACAUGCACUCUAUACCAGGGAAUACUCUAAAAUAGAUUCCAGAGGUAAUCGCCGCAAGUUGGGAUUUGAUUCUUUGGGUAGUAAGCUGAAAGCGUCUUUAGCACGGAGAAUGAAAGUGCAUCCAUUGAUUGACAAUCGAAAUCAAGGUUUCCAGUCACAACAGUCCAAUAUUACAACAAUAAUUGACCAUUCCAAGCCAGAAAGUGAUGCUAUCGACGAUCCGCAUGGCACUAUGAAAAAAGUCUAUGUCAUUAACGAGGAAUGUGAACCUCAAUCAACGGUGACUCUUGAUACGUUAGACAGUUGGUAUGUGCACAAAGCUCCACAAUCUCCUACGAUACAACGCAAACUUGCAGUGCGACAUCUCCAGAUGAUAUCUAUGGGCGCUACCAUUGGUGUUGGCCUUUUUCUAAACUCAGGUAAAGCAUUCUCCAUAGCAGGUCCUAUGGGUGCUUUUAUCGGCUUUGCCAUUGGUGGCUCUUUGAUUUUGGCGACUCUCUUUUCAUUUGCGGAAAUGGUGGCACUUAUUCCUUUGAUAACAGGCAUAUCUGGUCUCUGCUCAAGGUUUGUCGGUGACGCUUUCGGCUUUAGCGUAGGUUGGUGCCAUUGGCUGUGCUACGCCAUAGCAUUUCCCUCCGAAGUCGUUGCAUCAACCAUGAUGUUGUCUUACUAUGAGAGCUUGGCAAAGAUAGCCACUAGCAAGUCUACGAUGGCCAUAACUAUGUCGACCAUGGUUGUAGGACUGACUUUGAUUAAUCUUAUGGACGUGCGGAUAUACGGGGAGAUUGAAUAUAUUGCAAGUGCCUUUAAGCUCUUGGUAGUAUUACUAUUGAUUAUUUUGAUGAUUGUGAUGAAUGCAGGAGGUUUUGAGAAUGGGUAUAUUGGUUUUCGCUAUUGGGAUUCACAAAAAUCUCCACUUAGUGACAUUACUUUUGGCGCUUUUAGACCCACCUUCGAUUUGAAAGAUCAAGGAUCGGGAGCUAAAGAAGGUAUCGGGGGUCUCGGUGGAAUAAUUUUGGGAUGUCUAGCGUCGACGCUAACGUCGAUGUUUGCGUACGCAGGCUCUGAAAUUGGGUUCAUUGCUGCUGCAGAAGCCAAAAACCCACGAAAGGCAGUUCCUUCUGUGACUAAAAGAAUAUUUACAAGAGUCAUUAUAUUCUAUCUCUUGUCGAUAUUUGUGGUAAGCUUAAAUAUUUACUCGGGAGACCCACGAAUACUGCGUUAUAACACAUCCAAUGACGCAGCCGUGCUAAGAAACAGUGCUUCCAAAUAUCAAAGUGUUAUUGAUGUUCUAGGCGGCAGCAAUUGCCAACAACUUUCUUCUGAAAAAAUGCUCCCUAUAGAUAAUCCGAAUCAAUCGCCAUGGGUCAUAGCAUUGCAAUCUUUUAACCAGUGCGCUCUAUCCCGGUUUGCUAACGGUAUUUUCAUAGCCAUCGGAAUAUCAGCGGGUAGUUCUCAAUUAUAUGGUUCAAGCAGAACCUUGUAUUCCAUGGCAACCCAACAGAAAGCACCGAUAAUUUUCACAAAGUGUAACAGGGGAGGGGUUCCCUAUAUGGCGGUUUUAUUCUGUGGAGCACUGGGAUUUUUGAGUUUGCUAUGCAUGAACAUGAAUAGUUCGGACGUUUUUUUCAUCUUCGUCAGCAUUGGAGCUUUAGGAAGUGUCAUUAUGUGGAUGGGCAUGAAUAUAUCAUAUUUGCGAUUCUACUAUGCCUUGCAAAGGCGACCUGACAUUGUGUCUCGUGAUGCUAGAGAAUACCCGUAUAAGUCUCCCAUGCAGCCUUAUCUAUCGAUUUAUGGCCUUAUAUUGGCUGUUAUUUUGAUACUACUAAAUGGCUUUCAGAACUUCUUUUACUGGAACACCAAAAAUUUCAUAACAAGUUACAUCUCAUUGAUUUUGUUCCUGCUCCUAUAUUUAGCUUACAGCUGGGUCAGAAGUUCGAAGAUCAAUAGCAUUGAGCAAGUGGACUUGGAUUCUGGGCGAAGAGAAAUGGAUCGUGUCAUAUGGAAGGAAGGUUUGGACUACUCUCUGAGUCUGAAGGAAAUCUUUAAUAAACUGCUGGGCUAUCUCUGA